CCCUCAAGUAAAGGAUGGCACAAGAUUGAACGCCGUGCGAGAUUUAGAUUGGCUGACGUCAUUACAGGCUCAAGGCUUAAAACAACUAUCGUACACCGAGGCUAAAGCGUAUCACAUCGGAACAAAACGACCAAUGAACGGCCAGUGAUCAUCAGUCUUUACUGUUAGAUCUCUAAAUUUAGACUAAUUACGUUAACGAAUUGCUCAACCGUUGUGUUUUCGCAGUGUGAACGCAGCCAUAGUUGAGUGUGGUUAAAUGAUUGGAACGUUCCGGGUGGAGCACAGUAUCACACCGUGUCCUCUGUGUUUCUGGAAAAAAAAGAACCAAUCUGUCUAGAAUUCUAAUCCACCUCUAAUCAGACGUGCCGAACAUGGAAGUUGACGAUCAGGGAAAGAACGAUGAUUAUUACUUGGAAUUGUCCGCCGAACCCAUCAGGUGUUCGCUGUCCGCUCGGGAGGUGUUACCGGAGUGCUCGUUAAGGGCCCUGACCAAAACAUAAGUUUUCGAAUGGAGGAUAAGGGCCCGGUGAUCUCCAUCAAAUUCUCCCCCGACAUGAACGUACUUGCUAUCCAACGCACCAACACAUCGGUGGAGUUUAUUAAUUAUUCUCUUGUCACUGGUUUGGAUAACAUUGAGUACUCACAGUCUUGCAAAGGAAAGAACGCCACGAUACUGGGUUUUGUUUGGACACAUGGCACUGAGAUACUGGUAGUCACGGAUCAUGGAGUAGAAUUGUUUUAUGUUAAUCCGGAAAAACGUAGUAUCAGGGCGGUGAAGUGCUUGAGUUUAGGUGUAAAUUGGUUUGUAUUUUGCCCGAAAAGUUACCUGGUAUUAUUGUCAUCCGGCACAGUUGGCAAUCAGAUACAAGCGUUGCACAUUACACCAGGCAAUCUUCACAAAUUGACCAAGUUUGAAAUCGAACAUAGCAUAACGAAACCGGGAAAACUGGCUGUUUCUGAAAGAGAUGUGGCGUUGGCUGUGUUAUAUGGGACACCUUGUAUAAUUCUGUUACGGCACCAGCCGGGAGCUAACCGUACAAUGGGAACGGCGUUCGUGUAUGUCUACACCGUGCACAAAAUGAUGACCAUUAAGAAGAGUCACAUGUUAAAACUGGACGUUAGUGGCAGGUUUGCUAUAAACGUUGUUGACAAUCUCAUCAUCGUUCAUCAUCAGGCGUCAAAGACAUCUAUGAUAUUUGACAUCAUGCUAUCUGGUGUAAGCGAUGGCACGGUGAUGCAUCACACCAGCGUGGCCACAGCGAAACCAAUUAAACCGUACCAUCUUAAAGUGCCGGGUGCAACAUUGUCCGAUCAGAUGUACCAGCCGUGUCAGUUAUAUUCUCCCAAUUGGGUGGUCUUUCAACCGAAUAUAAUCAUCGACGUGAAGCUGGGCUGUCUGUGGUACAUCGAACUUAGGCUGGACGCUUUGGUGAAGCUGAUCGCGGAUAAGGUGCUGCUCGUGGAAUUUCUGAUGCAACGCGCCAACGCCAAGCAGAUAUUGAUACAAGUCCUGCAGAGCUUCAUGACGCAGUUACCUGUGAGCUUGAUGGAGAUGCCGUCGAUAUUCGACAAGCUUAACUCCGUCUACAGGAAUUAUUUGGAAAGUGAGAUACAAAACCAGAUGGGUACGCCGCUGCAGAACAACGUGAAAAAUAUGACAGCGCCGGCCGAGAACUUCAAGUACAAGCUGCUGCUCGAUCAGAGCGACAUGUACAGCCACAUAUUAUCCAAGUUCCCCGAAGACGCGAUUGAACCAAAAAUGAUAAUAUGGGUUCUCCUCGAAUACAUCAGAUCGCUAGCUGAACACGGGAUACCCGUGCAGCAUUAUUUGCACGAGUUGGUCAUCACGACGCUGGUACACCGGAAGGCGUAUUACCAGCUGCAUCAGUUACUGCAGUACCACGUGGUCUCCGAUUCUAAACCUCUGGCCUGUCUGCUGCUAUCUCUGGAGAACCUGUACCCGGCGGCGCACCAGUUGGCCUUGGACAUGCUGAAGAGGCUUGGCAACGCGCACGAAGAGAUAAUCGAAGUGCUCCUGUCGAAGGGCCACAUCUUGGCCGCGCUAAGAUACGUUCGAUCGGUCGGUAUGGUGGAUCAAGUGUCCGCGAGGAAGUUCCUGGAAGCGGCAAAAGCCACCGACGACGCGACGCUCUUUCACUCGGUCUUCAAGUUCUUCGAACAGCGGAAUCUGAGGCUGCACAACACCACGGCCUUCACGAGGGGUGAGCACUGUCAGUCGUACGUGCAGCACUUCCGGUACUUGUUUCAGGGCACCGACAACGAGUGCAAUUCGGACACGAAUUCCAACGUUACGACCAUCUCUUCGUAAGACUGCGUGCAAUAGUGAUUCGCCAUGAGAGACCGAUAGGUAAUUAUGAUUUGUAUUUGUGACAGAGCUGACGCAGCUAAAGCUACUUCCGUGUUUGUAAAUUCUCUACGAUACUUGUAGAGAUAUGUACAUUAUAUUGUUUUAUAUAUAUAUAUAUAUAUAUAUAUUGCAAUUUUUUUAUUUAUUACGGAGGAGAAGGGAAUCGAGGAGACUCGUGAAUAACACAGCGUAUUAUUUACUCGUCAGUGUGUUUCUCCUUUCCAACCCUUUCACUCUUAUAAAAUCCACGUUGCAGGGUUCCUUUUAUUGCGCAAAUCAUACAUUCAAGACUUACAAAGUAAGGUUCCUCUCUUUCUCUCUUCGAUCCUUUAAUUAUGAGAUACUUAUACGUACGUAGCGCGUAAUACAAUUGAAACGAGUCACUUACGAGAUAGUAGACUUCAACUCAACUCGUUCGUUUUCCUCUUUACAUGUGUAUCUCGAGAGACAAUAUUGUACAAUAGAAGUUCUCUUUAUUGAAUAAAAAAAAAACGAAUAAAUCGCCUCUGGCGUUUCUCCGCGCAGUAAAUACCACAAGUGUGUCUUGUGCGGUAAAUGAAAAAUCCUCCAGACGGUAGCGGACACAGCCGUGGUCAAUGAAAUCAACAUAUUUAGUCCCGUCUAGACGAGGGUGCGCGCCCAUCGGACUCCAACAUCCGCUAUCGCACGACGAGUUUAGACGAUGAGAGCGAUAACGAACGGACGAUAGAGAGUGUGGAAGAUCGUCGCUUCGACCAGAGGGUGACUUUGUAAGUCUCGUGCCGACUCCUCCUCGUUACUACCGAUCAUCAGACAUUAAAUCUACUUGUAGAUCUAUUUAGAACCGUGAUUAUAGAAAAAAGAAACGCGCUCAACUCCCCGACACAGCGUGCAAAGAAGUACGAAUACGGUGUGCUGACACAAAAGACGAAGAAGAAACGGCGAGAUAUUCGGAAAUUGGUCAAACACGUUGCUGCGCCUCGCGUUAGGCCUGUUCGUCUCAGCCGAACCGGCGUAGAAGUGCAACCUGGCCCGGCUGAAACGGACAAGCCGACUGUUGCCGGCCGCGCGAGUCAAGCGGAAUCGCGCUCAGCGUUUAAGGCUCCCGACGAUCGAUCGGUGAGGUGAAUCGCGGUGGUCCGCGACCGCAACCCCGUUUGGUCCUCUUCAGAUAGACAGAUUUAUUUCGUUAUAAUGCGCUCGACGACGAGCGGUCGGGGCGGUAACGCGAAACGGCCGUCUCGAAUUCCGCCGUUGAGGAAUCGUUUUAUCGCGCCUCAACUUUUUAGCCCCGGAGCGGAGGAUCGUUCGUUGGAUCGAUGAACGAAUAUAAAAUUGCGAGAUACCAGUUUUCUCUUGUUUCUUUUUCUUUUUGUUUUUCCCUUUUUUUUUUUUCUUACGUUAAUGCUGGUUGCAAAUUCAGCGUGUUCCGAAGACAGAUGUUGUUCUCAUCGUCAAGUCUCGUUCUCAUUUUGUCAAGCGGCAAAAAUUCCACCCCGUCGAUGAGAGUCAAUCACGCGAUUCGACCGAAAAACCGAUAUUCGUCUCCGUUGAUUCCGGCUCGUCUGAUAUCGUCACGAUCGUUCGAGAGGACGGCGGGCUCGCGAACGUUCGGUCUAACUUACGCGGCGCGAAACGCGCGAAAGAUUAUAAUAAAUUUAAUAUUAAAGAUCGUUUCGAUAAUAAUGAUAACGAUAAUAAUAAUAACAACAAUAAUAAUGGUAAUAAAUUAUUUGAAAGAAAGAACACUGUUAGACGAAUCUUAAAGAACUUCUUCGAUCCAGCAAAACAAUAAUAUAUAAUGAAAUAAAUUUUUCUUUCGUUGUCAAGCAAACCUUAUUUCCGCUGAAUGAUGAUGGGGGGUUUUUUUUUUUUUUU